AUGCCUGCCGGAAAGAACUAUAUUAGUCCCAAUCGCCCCGAGUCUCCUGGACCUCUGGCUUCUGAUUUCACUCAACAACAAGUCGCGAAACAACGCAACAGUAACUAUCACUCUACUUCACUCAGAAACAUGGUUGCUACAUCUGUGAAUCGCACUGCGCUGCACCCUGGUGGUGUCCAGCCUGGCAAGGGACACACCGAGCUCGAGGAGGAACUCCACGAGACUGCCCACAUUGACUAUGACCGUGUCGCCAUUAUUGCCAACCCCUCCGUCCCUGCUCUCUACGAAGAUGCUCUCGUCUACGAGACUGGUACCGCCGUCACCUCCAGCGGUGCUCUAAGCGCCUACUCCGGUGCUAAGACUGGUCGUUCCCCCUCCGACAAGCGUAUUGUCCAGGAGGCUUCAUCAGAGAACGACAUCUGGUGGGGACCCGUCAACAAGCCCAUGACUCUUGAUGUCUGGCGUAUCAACCGUGAGCGUGCUGUCGACUACCUGAACACUCGUAACCGCAUCUAUGUCAUCGAUGGUUACGCCGGCUGGGAUGAGCGCUACCGCAUCAGCGUUCGCGUUGUCUGCGCUCGCGCCUACCACGCUCUCUUCAUGCGCAACAUGCUGAUCCGCCCCAGCCGUGAGGAGCUCGACCACUUCCACCCCGACUAUGUCAUCUACAACGCUGGUUCUUUCCCCGCCAACCGCUUCACUGAGGGUAUGACCUCUGCCACCUCUGUUGCCAUCAACUUCGCCGAUAAGGAGAUGGUUAUCCUCGGUACCGAGUACGCUGGUGAGAUGAAGAAGGGUGUCUUCACUGUCCUCUUCUACGAGAUGCCCGUCAAGCACAACGUCCUGACCCUCCAUUCCUCUGCCAACGAGGGUGAGAACGGCGAUGUCACUGUUUUCUUCGGUCUGUCCGGUACCGGCAAGACCACCCUGUCUGCCGACCCCAAGCGUAAGCUCAUCGGUGAUGACGAGCACUGCUGGACCGACACUGGUGUCUUCAACAUUGAGGGUGGCUGCUACGCCAAGUGCAUUGGUCUCUCCGCCGAGAAGGAGCCCGAUAUUUUCAACGCCAUCCGCUUCGGAUCCGUCCUCGAGAACACCGUCUUCGACCCCGUCUCCCGUAUCGUCAACUACGACGAUGUCACCCUCACCGAGAACACCCGCUGCGCCUACCCUAUUGAGUACAUCGAGAACGCCAAGAUCCCCUGCAAGAGCGACAACCACCCCUCCAACAUCAUCCUGCUCACCUGUGAUGCCCGUGGUGUCUUGCCUCCUAUCUCCAAGCUCACUCCCGAGCAGACCAUGUUCCACUUCAUCUCCGGUUACACCUCCAAGAUGGCCGGUACCGAGGACGGUGUCACCGAGCCCCAGGCUACCUUCUCUUCUUGCUUCGCUCAGCCCUUCCUGGCUCUCCACCCCAUGCGCUACGCCAGCAUGCUCGCUGAGAAGAUAAAGGAACACAAGGUCAACGCCUGGCUCCUGAACACCGGCUGGGUUGGCGCUGGCGCUACCACCGGCGGCAAGCGUUGCCCUCUCAAGUACACCCGCGCCAUCCUAGACGCCAUCCACAGCGGCGAGCUCGCCAAGGCCGAGUACGAGACCUACGCCACCUUCAACCUGCCCGUCCCCACCUCCUGCCCCGGUGUCCCCAGCGAGCUCCUCAACCCCGAGAAGAGCUGGACCGCCUCCACCUCCUUCAAGGACGAGGUCACCAAGCUUGCCGGUCUCUUCAACGAGAACUUCAAGAAGUACUCCGACCAGGCUACUCCCGACGUCCUCGCUGCCGCUCCCCAGGUUUAA